AUGGCUUCGGUGUGUUUAGCGGGGAGGCCGUGGCCGUGGCCCUGGCCCGGAGAGGGGAGCCUGCCGCGGGAGGGGGCACGGCGUCUGCCCGCCCUGCGCCGCCGUCUCUCGCCGUGGAGCGUCACGGCUGCCCCCAGCCCCGGCGCGGCGGCCGGAGACGCGGCUUGGGAGCAAGAGUCCGGUUACGAUUGGAAAGGGAAGCAACGGGCACGUGUAGCGACUGAUAAAACUUGGCGCCGAAGUUUUGUCGUUUUCACUCUGCAUUAGGCGUUAGCCGCGAGACAUAACCGAAGCCUUGUUGCCAUUUUGACUCGGCAUCAGGAGUUCUCCGGGCGUCUGUGGGAAGAAACAAGAUGUUUCCUUCCAAGCAACCUAGUUCCAAGCAGGGUAAAAGAGAAAGUUGUGGUUCCAAAGGAUCUGGUGCCUCUUCUAAGAGAAAGAGGACAUCAUUAACUCCUGCACAAAAGAGGAAGAAGCACUGCAGAAGCCCUUCAGAAACCCAGUCUGCAAGCGAAGGAGACCAGUUGCACAGUGCUACAGAACGGAAAGAAUGUGGUGGGCAUGGCAGUGCCAAAGCGUCGGGAAGUGAUGGGAAGGCUACUCGCAAAAGGAGAGCCGACACUCCUUACUGUACCCAUCUUCCACAUCCACAGGAGAAGAGUCUUCGAGAGAGAGGAUCCGAGAACGUAGAGGAUGAGGAGGGUCACCUGAUCUGUCAGAGUGGAGACAGACUAAGUGCAAGAUAUGAGGUGGUGGCGACUUUGGGUACGGGUGCCUUUGGAAAAGUAGUGGAAUGCAUCGAUCGUGAAGACCACAACAGGCACGUAGCUGUGAAAAUAAUAAAAAAUGUCCCUACGUGCACGGAGGCAGCUCACUUAGAAGUACAGGUGCUGCAGCAUUUAAAGGCAGUGGAUCCCAACGGUAGAUAUCACUGCGUCCGGAUGUUAGAAUGGUUUACGUACCGUGACCACGUCUGCAUUGUUUUUGAGCUGCUGGGGCUCAGCACCUAUGACUUCCUUAAACAGAAUGGCUUUCUGCCCUUUGAGCUGGACCACAUUAGACAGAUGGCAUAUCAGAUCUGCGAAUCUGUGAACUUUUUGCACCUGAAGAAGUUGACUCAUACAGAUCUGAAACCAGAAAACAUUGUAUUUGUGAACUCAGACUAUGUUAAAAAGUAUAGCCACAAAUGGAAAUGCAAUGAACGCACCAUAAAAGAUCCAGCCGUCAAAGUCGUGGACUUCGGCAACGCGGUAUAUGACGCUGAGUAUCACAGCAGUCUGGUGUCCACGAGAUAUUACAGAGCUCCUGAAGUCAUCCUAGGACUGGGGUGGUCACAACCCUGUGACGUUUGGAGCAUUGGAUGUGUCCUCGUGGAAUAUUACACUGGAUCCACACUGUUUGAUGCCAGGAGGGACGAAGAGCAGCUGGCAAUGAUGGAGCGAGUCCUGGGGCCCCUGCCAGAUGACAUGGCCAAGAGAAGCAGGAAACGCAGAUACUUCUCUCAUGACCGGCUGGAUUGGGAUCAACGGAGUCCAGCUGCUAGAUACAUGUUAAGCCAGUGUAAGCCACUGAAGGAAUUCAUGACCUGCCAGGACGCUGACCACCAGAACCUCUUUGACCUCCUUGGCAAGAUGCUGGAGUACGACCCAGCCAAGCGCAUUACUCUUGAAGAAGCUCUGACACAUCCUUUCUUCUUCCCCUUAGAAAGACGCACCGCCCCUCCACCUAAGAAGGCUGGCAUUUUUUGCCUUCCACCAAAGAAACGUAGACAAUAUUAAGUUAGUUAACUAAGUUAAUUCAGCUGAGUUUUGACUGUUAAAUAAACUCAGGUUGUUUGCACUUUAAA